GUCACUCGCAGUCCCCGCCGGUCAGGGCGUGUUUGGAUCUAUAGCUUUGCGGGACCAGAACCGGGUGGAGCGUACUUUUCUACCGCCUUUUGAGGACUAAUGAUCAAAACUUUAGUCGACCAUGGAUUUCAACGCUUUAUUUAACGAAAACAUGUUUCAGUUUUCGGACUUCCAAGAGUUUACGUUUCUUCCUGGACAUGAAAGACUGACUGAAAGAGUCAGGAAGAGACUGUAUUAUGGUCUGGACAAAGAUGUUUCUCUAGAUGCCCUGUCUGGACCCGUCACAGAUAUUGCCGUUGAAAUCUUCCAGAAGUCCGCCCCGAGCCCGAUUCGAAAGCUCCAGAAGAAAUAUGCUGCUCAUGUUGCCAGGGAGGCCUGCAUCUCGCCCUGUGCCAUGAUGCUGGCUUUGGUUUACAUCGAAAGGCUCCGACAUCGAAACCCUGAAUACCUGCAGAAGAUCUCCUCCUCUGACCUGUUCUUGAUCUCUAUGAUGGUUGCCAGCAAAUACCUGUACGAUGAAGGAGAGGAAGAGGAGGUCUUCAAUGACGAAUGGGGAGCAGCUGGCAAGCUGGACGUUGAGACCAUCAAUAACCUGGAGAUGAAUUUCCUGAAGGCCAUUGAGUGGAGCCUCUUCACCGAACCGAAAGACUUCUUUGACGUGUUGAGUCAGCUGGAGAGCAGCGUUGCGCAGCGGCAGGGACUGCGGCGCGGCUGGUUCACCUACACAGACCUGUGUGUUCUGCUGGAGCAGACGGUGUGGAGUCAGACCCUCACGGCCAUCUAUCAGCAAUUCACAAAGAUGUCCUGCAUGCUCGGCCUGGUGUAUCUAACGAGCGUGGCGACUCUCAUGGCCACCAGUGCCGUGCUGCACCAGCUCAACCUCUCCAGAAGUCACCAGCCGCCGCUUCCUCUGCCGGACGAGAUCAGCUUGCUCCCGCCUCCCACCGUUCACCCGAAGAGCCCGUCUCAGCGUCCGCCCUGCUGCCUUUUAGCCAACAAGAGUCUGAACCGUCGGUCCGGCGCCCUUGGGGAACUUGGCGCUUCGUCGGAGGACGAGCAGACUUCGGUGGUGCGUCUGUGGCGUGGACUUCCUGAGACGGAGCGCUGGCAGUCCUGCUCCGGGCUUCUCUCCGGUUUCGGGUUUCAGAACAGUUCCGUUCUGCUUCCUCACGGCCCUUUCAACGACCCGACGCGGCUGCUCCCUCCACAGGCCCGUCUGGACUCUCGGUUGGGGGGGUUUCCGUCAGCACCGCUGCACCCGGGCUUCCCAGACUGCGAGUCGUCCGUUAGCAAAGUCCAGGCUCUGCUCAUGCCCGCAUAGGAGCGUCGGAACCGGUUCAAACUCCAUCCGGCGAUUGAAACGGCACACAUGGACUCACCAGCUCUGGGUUUCAGUUUCGGUUGUGACCCACAAAGCUGCUCUAGAAUCGACCCGUUUCUGCUUCUCGUACGAAAGACGUCCCUUUGGGUAAAAGUCGGAGGGAGUUGCGCUGCUUUUUAAGUUGGUUUGUGGGUGAGUUUUGGGUCGUCCGGACCCCUGAAGGGGUUCUCUGCAUCCUGCGUUUUCACAGGUCUGUCUGCACUGAUCGACGCUCCUCAGACUCUGUCCUCGGAGACGUUUAGCUUCACGCCAUUUGGUUUCAGUUUCUGACUCUUUCAGCGUUUUUGGGUUGUUGUUUUGUUUUGGUCUGAUGGUUUGGAAUUUGCACAGUUCUACUCGCCUUCAUCUUCACCUCCAGGGGGCGCCAAAAAGGGGGGCUGUUUUAGAACAUUUUAUCUUCAUCACGAUGACACUUUUAGAGCACAGAGCUUUGAUUUUGUACACGGUGUAAAAACAGCAGUGUUUGUAAAAAAAUAAAAGCCUUUCGUUCAUCA